AUGAGGCCAGCUGCCCAUGCCAACGGCGCCAUGAGACCAGCUGCCCAUGCCAACGGCGCCAUGAGACCAGCUGCCCAUGGCAACGGCACCAUGGGACCAGCUGCCCAUGGCAACGGCACCAUGGAGCCAGCUGCCCAUGGCAACGGCACCAUGGGACCAGCUGCCCAUGGCAACGGCACCAUGGGACCAGCUGCCCAUGGCAACGGCACCAUGGGACCAGCUGCCCAUGACAACGGCGCCAUGAGACCAGCUGCCCAUGGCAACGGCACCAUGGAGCCAGCUGCCCAUGGCAACGGCACCAUGGAGCCAGCUGCCCAUGGCAACGGCACCAUGGGACCAGCUGCCCAUGGCAACGGCACCAUGGGACCAGCUGCCCAUGGCAACGGCACCAUGGGACCAGCUGCCCAUGGCAACGGCACCAUGGGACCAGCUGCCCAUGGACGACUCCCCCAUAAUGAGGACGACUCCCCCCAUAAUGAGGACGACUCCCCCCAUAAUGAGGACGACUCCGCCCAUAAUGAGGACGACUCUCCCCAUAAUGAGGAGGACGACUCUCCCCAUAAUGAGGAGGACGACUCUCCCCAUAAUGAGGAGGACGACUCCCCCCAUAAUGAGGAGGACGACUCCCCCCAUAAUGAGGACGACUCCCCCCAUAAUGAGGACGACUCCGCCCAUAAUGAGGACGACUCCCCCCAUAAUGAGGACGACUCCCCCCAUAAUGAGGACGACUCCCCCCAUAAUGAGGACGACUCCCCCCAUAAUGAGGAGGACUCCCCCCCCUAA